CACAAAACUUGAACUGCGCUUGCGCAGAAGAUCGAUGGUGCUUUAACGUUAUGUGCGGUGCUGGUCGGGGUCCGUACUCCUGACUCGUGAGGUACUGUCCGUGGUACACUCUGGUAAGGAUUUUCGUAUAUACCAGGCUAUGGUACAAGAGCGCUGAAAGCAGGCUGAAAGGCUGGUGGCAUGGUGGGUACAUAGAAGUGGGCAACCGAUGGCAACGGAUAUAGGGGGAGGAAGGGACCUGAAGCUGGCUGUCGGUGAGGCAUGAUGCUGCACGUGUAAUGUGGUGGUGUGUACGGAGCUGAGGGCGGGGACUGAAAUGCGUGAAGGAAAGUUGUGAUACACGUGUCUUCGUUUAACUUUUAUUUGUGCAUAAUAAGUUCUUCACUAUUUUAGUUGCACAGUUAUUUUGAAAGCAAAAUGCCGACAAUAGGAGUUAAACGUGAUUUACUGUUUGACAGAUUGGGUCAAACAUACACUGAUGAAGAAUUUGCCACUUUGUGCUUCGAGUUUGGAUUGGAACUCGAUGAAGUCACAACUGAAAAAACUAUGAUCAUGAAGGAACAAGGAGAAGAUCGAAUAGGUGAUGCUUCUGAGGAUGUCAUUUAUAGAAUUGACAUUCCUGCGAAUCGAUAUGAUCUUCUUUGCAUGGAAGGUUUGGUUCAAGGACUUCUUGUGUUCCAAGGAAAAAUGCCUCCUCCUCAGUUCAAAGCUGUGAAACCUGCAGGGUGUGUCCAGAAGCUUAUUAUAAAACCUGAGACUAGGCGUAUUCGACCUCAUGCAGUAGCAGCAAUUUUGCGUAAUGUGAAAUUGACACAAGAUGCCUAUGAUAAUUUCAUUGACCUGCAAGACAAAUUGCAUCAGAACAUCUGCCGCAAACGGUCUCUAGUGGCUAUUGGCACACACGACCUGGAUACUAUAAAUGGCCCUUUUUACUUUGAUGCAAAACCACCUUCUGAAAUCAAUUUUGUUCCAUUGAAUCAAACUAAAAAAUACACUGGUGAUGGAAUUAUGGAGUUGUAUUCAACACAUGCUCAGCUGAGACAAUACCUUCCCAUUAUAAAGGACAGUCCUGUAUAUCCUAUUAUAUAUGAUAGUAAUGGGGUGGUAUUAUCUCUUCCACCAAUAAUUAAUGGAGACCAUUCCAAAAUAACUUUGAACACUAAGAAUAUUUUCAUUGAAUGCACAGCAACAGAUCUUACAAAAGCAAAAAUUGUACUGGAUACAUUGGUUUGCAUGUUCAGCCAAUAUUGUGAAAAUAAAUAUACCGUUGAAUCUUGUGAAGUUAUUACCCCUGAGGGAAGUUCUUUAAUGUAUCCUAGCCUUGCUUACAGGAAAGAAAUUGUGCAAGUUAAGAAAGUAAAUGGUUGUGUUGGAAUAGAAGAAUCAGCUGAAUCAAUUGCCCUGCUACUCAAAAAAAUGUGCCUUAAUUCACAAGUAGUAUCAUCUGGGAAAGAAAUAGAAUCUGUGAUACCACCCACCAGGCAGGACAUUAUUCAUGCAUGUGACAUUUAUGAAGAUGUUGCUAUAGCCUUUGGAUAUAAUAGAAUUCCCAAAGUCAUGCCAAAAACAAGCACUGUCGGUGAGGAAUUCCUGCUAAACAAAUUAUCUGAUUUGGUGAGAGAACAGAUAGCACAAGCUGGUUUUACUGAAGCCCUCACAUUUACCCUGUGUUCUCGAGAUGAUGUGGCAGCAAAAUUAGGUAAAAGAAUUGAAGACAUCCCAGCUGUUCAUAUCUCCAAUCCUAAAACACUAGAUUUUCAAGUGGCUCGCACCACACUUCUUCCUGGACUGCUACGUACUUUGGCUGCCAAUAAAAAAAUGCCUCUUCCUUUAAAGCUCUUCGAAAUUUCUGAUGUAGUUUAUGCUGAUGAAAAUACCGAAAUAGGCGCCAGAAAUAUUAGAAAUGUUUGUGCUGUUCAUUGUGGAAAGAAAUCUGGAUUUGAGAUUGUGCAUGGUCUUUUAGACCGAGUGAUGCUCAUUUUGAAUGUUUCACGGUCUUAUAAAGAAGAAGUAUCUGGUUACUGGUUGAGGGAUGCUGCUGACACUGCUUACUUCCCUCGUCGUUGUGCUGAAGUAAUUUGUUAUGGCAAAGUAAUUGGUAAAAUUGGUAUUCUUCAUCCUGAUGUUAUUGAAAAAUUUGAGUUAAACUACCCUGUAUCUGCUUUUGAAAUUGAUUUAGAAAUAUUUUUAUAGCCAAAUUGGAAUGUAAAGUAUUUAUCCAAAGAUUUUUCUUGCAUUUUAAUAAUACAAGAAUUAUGAACAAGAAAAUGACUAUUGGCUUUGAUUGUGAUAUUUGGAGUUUGAUUAUUUAAUUUCACAGAUAUAUUAUGUCCAUAUUCAAGAUGUAGCAGUUUGUGACAGGUAUGUAAAAACUAGGUAUUGUUUUUCAACAAGUUUCCUUCCAUCAUUGUGGUCUACCAGCAUUUAAAAUUUUCACCUAUAAUGUGAAAUUUCUUAUAUACUAUUAAACCUUUUAUACACUCUCAAUCAAGAUAAUAACGUAAUUACCAAAAUCGUAAAGAUAUUGAAUGCAAAAAUUUUUGACAUAAUGGAAUUAGUUUAUUAUUUAGGUUAUUUGAAAGAAAUGAUUUUUCUUUUAUUACACAUUAUUUCUCAAACAACAAAUGUGGCAUAUGGAUUUUACUUUGUCAUUAAUGUAUUAAGUUUGAGCGUAAAGGUAGAAUGAUAGUGAUACGUAGAUACUUCGUGUACGUUGUAUCAUUAUGUGAUGAAAAGCAUUCAUAUGCCGGAAAUUCCAUAUUUGUUGUAGAUGAGCUUCCUCUUUUAGAAUGUAAUGCACUUAUCAAAAUUAAGAAGAAAACCCAUUCUAUUAGUUCUGUAAUUUAAUUUUUAAUUUUAAACAGAAAGUUCAUCAUUCUAUUACAUUCUUCAACCUUUUAUAUUUUAGAGGUGAUCCUUUGAGUGUGAAGUAAUCUUUCCCAUGUAUUUCUGGCCGGAUCAAGAGAUCCAGUCACAAUAAUUCUCGGCUUUAAUACCAAGUUGUAUGGCCUUGAGUUCAAUGAUGCUGAAUUUUACAUGGCAAUACUCCGGCCAGCUCUUCCCUUUCACUUCUUUUCCCAUCAAGCUGUGAAAGAAGGCAUCACUCUGAUAAUGACAGGCAAUUAAAAUUUAGCUUGGGGACUUCUUUUAGACUUGCAUUUUUAUGGGCAGUAAAUCCACAACAUGGGACAGCUGGCUUUACUUACCCUCUAAAGGAUUUGUUGCCUGUGAAAAUUCACAGCUUUGAUUGAAUUUGAACUGGCUUAGUUAUAACAAUCCAAUAUGCUCUUGCACCAUGGAAGCCAUUGGAGUUUGGAGAGGUAGUUUUCAUUAUGUGCGUAAAAAUUGAGUUUUGCUGAAAAUGUAAAUAUGUGUCAUAUUUUUUGGUGUUAGUCCGUUGCAUAAAUAAUGGGAUAAUCAGAAAUAUGUCAACAAUUUUAUAGAAGACAAUUGAAAGUAAAUUAUAAGAGCAAACUAACCAUAUAUGCAAAUUAAAGUGAAAAAAAAUUACUUAGAAGGACUAAGGAGAAGGAAUGCAAUUUAAAAAUCAUUUUAUGCUAAAAUAUUCAGUUCAUUUAGUCUUCUGUAGUGUUAACAAGAUGUAGGACAGAAAAAUAAAUCUUGCCUUCAGAGACAGAUUGUUUUGUGAAGAGAGGUACUACAUAUAUAAAUACCAGUUUGUUGCUUUUCUUUGAGGAUAACUGUGGUAAGACAGUUCACAUUAUCUUAGCAUUGACUUGAGGAAACCAAUGGCAGUUUAUUAAUUUGGUUGAGAUAAGAAAGUAUACAUGGAGUACUCCACAAAAUUAUUUGAAUUUUGAAGCUUUACAGUGAUCAGUAAUUGUUAUUUGACUAUGAGAGUGAUACAUAAUUUUGAUUACAUUAAGAGUAAACAUUUUAACUACUACUCCAUUUGUUGAAAAUUCCUACAGUAAAUCUGAAAUAUCCCUGAAAAAGAAAAAGAUGUUAAAUAUCUGGAAAAAAAAUUCUUAAAAAUAACUAUAGAUACAGUUGUAUGUGAUGCAAACCCUAGCAAGAAAUUUUUGCUGGACAAGAAAUUAAAUCAUUGAGAAAUUGUUGAACAUUUGACACUCAUUUCAAAAUGUUUUCUGAUUUUUGUGGAAAAUUAAGUGCAAUUAUUCUACUAUGUAAUAACGAUAUUGUACCCUUAAAGAUUUCAUAAACUCCCUUUUGCCACCUGUUCCUUCUCCCAGAAAAGAUUCAUUAGGUUCAACAGAUUUUUCUGAAGAUGUGUGAAGGAAAUUGGAGCACCUGGUAUUCUAGAUAAUAUUGUUGGACUGUGAAGUAAGAUAUCCCAAAGAUGGUGUAUAUUUGAAACACUCUUACAACUUUUGAAAUAACCCAGAAUGAGGUGCCAUUUGUAUAUGUAUCCUGUGUUAUGUAAUUGUCUGUUAUGUAACAUUUUCUAGAGGGGAGAUCUAAACUUAUAGAAAAAUAGAAAUUUAGCAUAAAAAACAUCAAUACUUUAUAUUUAGUCUACAUCCAUUUUAGUUUAUUAUUCUAAAGAGAGAUUGUAAAAAAUUUUUUUUCCAUUCUGCCACCUAUCUCAACAGAGGGAAGAUCUUUGACACUAUCAAUAAAGAUGGGUCAAAUCAGCUGCUGCCUGGAGGAGAAUUCCCUUUCUGCUACCUGCUCUGAUCAAUAUUUCCACA